GAAUACAGCCACAUCUGUUGGUAGUGUUUUCUCAGUUGCUCGGUCAUAUCAGAGGAGGAAGCAGUGCUAGGCUCAAACACCCUCCAAACGUCUUUAUCAAGCAGAUAUCAUGGAAAAGGGUCAGCCACCUUAUCCAGCAAUGCCAGUAAUGCCAGCACCGCCGUACCCUGGUCCUGCGGACAUGAACACGGGUUACCAAAGUCAGCCUAUGCAACAACCCAUUCAACAGCCUGUUUACCAGUACAGCCAACAACCUCCUCAGAUGUUUAGUCCUGGGAACCAGGUGGUGGUGGUGCAGCAGCUGCCUAGUGACGUUCCUGGACAGAUGAUGUGCCCGCGCUGCCGAUCCAACGUUGUCACUAAAGUGGACUACAAAAAUGGCAUGCUCACCUGGCUGAUCUGUGGCGUACUAGGCGUCUUCCUGUGCUGGCCUUGCUGUUUAAUCCCCUUCUGCGUGGAUGCAUGCAAGGAUGUUGAGCACUCCUGCCCCUCCUGUAACAACGUCUUGCACAUCCAUAAACGCAGGUGAAACAGCAGUACUGUGUCAACCCCGCUGAAGAGGCCAACUGUGACUAAAUAAACACCAGGUCGGGAGCCAAACCCAUAUGCAAACAAGUCAGACGCCAUCUUAAUAAUAAAAUCUGUGGAGUGAAACAUGGGGUUGUACAAACAUUGUUCUGUAAGGUACAUAUAUUAUAUAAGAGCUAUGAUAUCUUCCUUUCUUUCUGACGAUGAUUGUAAAUGUGCAAUCAUGUUAAAAGUAAUGUGAAAUCUAAUGAAACCUAAUGAUUUUGAUAUAUUUUAUUUGAUCUGAGUGAUGUUCUCUCUAUAACAUAUACCUGUGUUACAUUUGAACAAUGAAGGAUGGUAAAUAUGCCACUUGCAUUUAAUGUCCUGUGGAUUAUUUCUUGUAAAAGCUGAUAGUAAAGUCAUUUAUAUGUCAAAUUAUUUGUAAAGCACAUAUAAUAUUAAUUUCCUUUUGAUUAAAUGUUGAAUGUUGUUUUGAUAAGUUUUGAUAAGAAAUGAUUAGUUUUUUGUUUUUACUGAAGAAAACAUAUUUUUAAAAUAACCAGAGAUGUACAAUUUGUGGAAACAUUUUACUACAGAAAAAAAAAAAUCUGCAACAUUUAAUUUAAAUAACAUGAUGCCAAAUGAAUAUACAGUAUGUCCCCGAAACACUGACAUAAGAAAUUAUUGGGUGACCAUUAAUAUCUCAAAUUAACUCAGCCUUUUAUUGCAAUACUAAUUUAACAAAUUAAUCUCUUGAAAUGAUUCAAAUAAAUAAAUUAAUGACGUCUGAA